AUGUUUGGCUUUGUAGCUGAUAUACUCACCUCGGUGACGUCGAUUCUCUUCCCCAUCUUCGCAUCGUACAAGGCGCUGCGCAGCUCAGACCCAGCCCAGCUAGCACCAUGGCUCAUGUACUGGACCACUCUGUCACUCGCCCUCGCCGCUGAAUCCUUCCUGUACCCCAUCCUCAGCUGGGUUCCCUUCUACUCGUGGAUCCGAUUCGGUGCUCAUCUCUACCUCGUGCUGCCCGGCCAGCAAGGCAGCGUCUUUGUCUAUCAAAACUACAUCCACCCCUUCCUCUACCAACACGAGCGCGACAUCGACCGCUUCAUCACAAACAGCCAUGACAAAGCAAAAGCAGCCGGUCUGCAAUAUCUCAAACAGGGCAUCGAGUGGGUCAAGGUUAACCUCCUCGGUAUGCAACCUCGUCGCCCCACUCCUCCUGCUAGCAGAAACGUGAGCUACAGCCAAGCUCUGUUGAACCGCUUUGUCAUGCCCUCUGCUCGUCCCGACGGUUACAGCGGUGCUUCAUCUUCGCAAUCUGCUCCUGGUGCCAAUGACUUGUUCUCCAUGCUCGGCGGCAUGAUGGCUCAAGCUGCUGGACCCGGCGGCCCAUCUCGCUCUCGCGAUGCACAAGCCAGAGACCUCAGCGCCAGCGGAAACCUCGUACCCCAGAACCUGUCGGGUGACGAACGUAGUGCCUUCGUCUCGACACAAAAGGACUAUCUGCGCACUCUUCUCGAAGCUUUCGACAAGGAAGCCUCUCGUGAACACACACCAAACACUUCUCCGCCCUACCCUACCAACGAUGGUCCUGGACCAAACUUCCAGGACUUCUUGAGACCUGCUGCUGAAGGUCUGCUCAACAGAAACAAGAGUGAGACUGAAUUUGAAGAUCUUGGCUACGAGCACGUAUCCACGGGAAGCAACAGACCCAGCCCCAAGCCCCAUGAGAAGAGUGGCAGUUGGAGCAAAUGGGUGUGGGGCAACUAUGGCGAGAAGGACUCUGCUGCUGGACAAAAGAAGAAUGAUUGA